UUGAGUUAGGAAUGGUACCAGGUACGUUCACGCGCGCGUGAGGGUCGAAAUGAAGAAAAUCCGAAUGUGCGACUAGCGAGUGUAUUUUGUGCAUUGGAGGAAAACUUGUGAUAAAAACGUGGAAUGAAGUACUAAACAACAAAGCUGUGGAGGUCCUUCUGGCCUGAGCAAUGGCAUAUUGCAGACGUCUCUGCACCCGUCUGUGUCUGGCGUGCUCCUCCCAAAAAUGCCUCCGGUUUCUGCUCAUCCUCCUCGUAGUGAUCGGAGCUUCCAUCUACUACAACCUCUUCUUUUUCUUGACUACCAAUUACUUGGAAGACAGAGACUUCGUAGGUGUGGACAAGUGCCCCGCCUGCUACGGUACAAGUAUGUGUCAUGAAUUCAACCAUGGGCAUCUCAGUUUGUCCUCCUACUCCCGCAUGCGUUUCUUAGACAUCGUCAACGUCAAGAAUGUCUAUUUUGGCUGGCACAAUGAGAAGAACAUUGACGUCAUCUUAAAGCGUCUAGGCCACGACACUGAACUCGCAAGCUUCGACGCCAACUUGUGCAAAAACGCCGGUGCCGGUCAAGACUGUGACGUCGCCAAGAGUAUUUUUCAGACCAAAUUUUCGCGGGUUUUAGAGACUACAUCGUUAGAGGUGGCGCACGUGGAAGGGUUAUCUGAUGUGGUCCGUUGUCCCUCAGAACGUCUUUUGGAGAGGAUUUUGAUGAUGUACAGAGAUCACGUUCCUGGGCAGAGUUUAUCCAAAGACCAUAAACUGAUGCUUAUGACUAUGCUGUCUGUCAAUCCAGAACCCAUUAUAUACACGAUAUUCCCCCAUUCCGAGGGUUGGCCAUUCCCACAGUACUACGGCGCUUGUGGUCGGCUCAUCGUAGAGGAAUAUGUAGGAAAAACUUUAGGAAGUUAUUUUCACUCGGACUGGUCGACACGACUGGAUCUUGCCUAUCAAGUAAUGAAAAUAGCAGAGCAGCUGACCAACAACGAUCUUGAGUAUGCUCUGUACAUGACGGAUGUCUCCUUUGAUAACUUUGCAGUCAACAAAGACGGAAGAGUUCUUGUCAUUGAUGCCGAAAAUAUUAUUGUCGUCGACAAGCGUAAAAUAAAAACAGAUGCGAAGCCGUCAUGGAAUGAACGCCACCAGUCCUUCCACGAUGAAUGCAAGAGCCAUCCAGGCUGCCUAUCCUUCUCCUCCGAGCUUCUCUGUAAACGUCACAGCAGUGACCAUAACUACUACGCCACAUGCCAUGGACUGCUUGCCAAAAAUUCUGAGUGGGCCGGCACCAAAGGAGGCCUUCUUCACGACCCGCCCGCCGACCUGCCGGAACGGGAACAGCUAAACACCCUCAUAGCUGAGUGUGAGAAACCCAGCCAGCGAAACGGCCGUUACGAUGCCAUGCAGCAACUCUUACAACUUCUGUCUGAGCUAACAGACGGGAGCUAGUCCUUGGAAUAAACAGCAGGGACAAGAUCAUCUUCAGGUCCAUAUCUCCUCAAUUGUUCUUUUUUUUUGCCUUAGGUUGUGUUUUAAUUUUUUCGAGAAAUAUUUUCAAAUUUUAAUUAGCGCAAAAUUAAUGCUAUAUGAAAAUUGUUAUGAAAUCAAGUGCAAUCAUAUAAGUUAAAUUCAUUUCUAUCAUUAUUGCUUAUUGGACAUUUUUGUUGGGCACUUGCUGUGUAUAUUGUGCAUGUGUUUUUUUUCCUAUUUGUAUUUGGCCUCCAGGAUUCUCUUUAUUGUAAUAAGCAUCAUUAAACCUGUUCUAUGUCGCCAUUA